GAGAGAGAGGAGAGAGAGAGAGAGUCCUGCUUCUGCUGCAAUCCAUCUUCAUCAAUGCAGAUAAAAUGAAUGAAAGAAAGACCAGGACGGUCUCGAAAUGAAGAAGGCCAUGUGGUAGCUGUAAAGGCCUUUACACCCUCAUUUGCUAUUUUUGCCGCUUUUCCAACUCACUCCUUUAAAGCCCCAACUUACACAUCAUUCACAGAGUUUUAGAGGAAGAAAAUAAAGUCCUAGAUCUUUUGGGCAGAUGAUUUUCUUUCUUUUCUUUUCCACAACUUCCAUGUUUCUCCUUCAUGGGUUUUUCUGUGGUUCCCAGAAACUUCCAAUCUUUCUUCUAAAGCAGCUCUCCACUUCAUAAAAUCAACUGUUUUUUCUGCAUUUCCUCUGUUUUUCCUUAAUGGGUUUUGUCCAAUUUGCUCAAAAACUCUUUUAAGAAAAUUCCAAGUUGGGAUUUUUCAGUUUUUCUUCUGUAAUUUCAAAAUUUCUUUUAAUUUCUCCCUCGAGAAGGAAAGGAAAAAUUUAAAAUUUAAAACUCCUCGGUUGUUCAUGGAAGCUUUAUUUUCGUAUAGUGAUUUUUCGUUCUUGGGUUUCUCUCCCACUCCCUGAAAAUCUUUCACCUCCGGAAUGCCAUCCCGCGAUUGUUUUUUUUUUUUUUUUCCCUAGCAGGUGUUCUUUGAUUUUGUAUUUGAUUUCCAUGAUUCGAAUCGGUUCCUGAAGUCUCAGUAAGAAGAAAAAAAACACUUUCUGCAUUUCUCUUUCUUUCAAUAUUUCAGCUAUUGCAGUGGGAAAAAAAAACACUGAGUACUCCUUUCUUCCUCCUCUUCAUCAAUGGCAUUUUCUCGAGCAUUUAUCAUUCUCUGCUUUUCAUGGUUUCUUUUGAUCUCUGGCUCCCAACAAUUACAAUCCUCUCAGACCCAAGUUUUAAGGCAGCUUCGGAAGCAGUUGGAAUACCCGAAACCAUUGGAUAUCUGGAACAACAGCAGAGACCUCUGCAAUACACCUCCAUCUCCUGAGCUAAACAUCACAUGCUUCGGAAACUCCGUCACCGAGCUCAGAAUUAUAGGUGACAAGCCUGUCACGGUCAGAACAUUCUACGGCUAUCCGAUUCCCGGUCAGACUCUAUCCCGAGAUUUCUCCAUUGACUCUUUUGUUACUACACUGUCGAGAUUAACUAGCUUGAAAGUCGUCUCUUUGGUUUCGUUGGGGCUGUGGGGCCCACUCCCUGACAAGAUCCACCGUCUGCGCUCACUCGAAAUUCUCGAUUUGAGUUGGAACUUCCUAUACGGGUUGGUUCCUCCCAAGAUUUCCACCAUGGUAAAACUCCAGACUCUGACGUUAGACGAGAAUUUUUUCAACAGCACAACCCCUGAUUGGUUCGAUUCAUUAUCAAAUCUAACGGUUUUGAGCUUGAAGACCAAUCAGUUGGACGGGCCAUUCCCACCAUCGAUCAUCAGAAUUACAACUCUCACAUAUCUUUCUCUCUCUCAGAAUCAUCUAUCAGGUAAAUUGCCUGAUCUCAGUAGCUUAAGUAGCCUUGAGGUACUGGAUUUGAGAGAGAACCAGCUAGAUUCUGAAUUGCCAAAAAUGCCCAAAGGGCUAGUUACGGUCCUUCUCAGUAAGAACUCAUUUUCCGGUGAGAUUCCUAAGCAAUAUGGUGAAUUGGGUCAGCUCCAACACCUCGAUCUGUCAUUCAAUGAUCUCCGCAGAACACCGCCUGCAUCUUUAUUCUCCUUGCCAAAUAUAAGUUAUUUGAAUUUGGCAUCGAAUCAGCUUAGCGGGUCUCUUCCCAACAGUCUAAGCUGCAGCAGUGAACUUGGGUUUGUUGAUAUUUCCACUAACAGAUUCAUGGGCGGGUUGCCUUCGUGCUUGAGCUCUAGAUCAGAUAAGAGAGUAGUUAAAUUCAACGGGAAUUGUCUGUCUGUCGAUCCACUGCAUCAGCAUAAUGAUUCAUUUUGCAAAGAAAUUGACGUGAAAAGGAAAGAAUCUAGCGGCAAAGGUGUUGGAGUUUUAUUCGGCGUCAUUGGAGGAAUUGCCAUCAUAGUGAUACUGCUUUUGCUUGCAUUCCUCGCUCUCUGUAGAAAGUAUUGUCCACAAGGGAUAUCGGAGCAGCGUUUAUUGCCAAAGGAACUGCCGGAUAACACGCCGAUAGGAUUCUCCUCUGAGCUCCUUGCAAAUGCAAGAUAUAUUUCCCAAGCAGCAAAAAUAGGAUCACAAAAUUCACCAGCAUAUCGAUUGUUUUCCUUAGAAGAGUUACAAGAAGCAACAAAUAACUUUGACCAGUCGAGAUUUAUGGGUGAUGGUUCAAUUGGGAAGCUCUACAAGGGAAGACUGGAGAAUGGAAGCUACAUUGCCAUAAGAUGUUUGGCAUUGUUUAAGAGAGAUUCUAUUCGAAAUCUUAAACUUCGGUUGGAUCUCCUUUCCAAACUCCGCCACCCACAUUUGGUUUGCCUUUUGGGACACUGCAUUGAUGGUGCACACAAUGAUUCCAGUGUGAACAGAGUCUUUCUUAUAUAUGAAUAUGUACCUAAUGGGAAUCUUCAUUCUCAUCUUUCUGAGCAUAGUCCUGAGAAGGUUCUUAAAUGGUCAGAGAGAUUGGCAAUUCUGAUAGGUGUUGCGAAGGCUGUGCACUUUCUCCACAUGGGUGUCAUUCCUGGUUUCUUCUACAACCGAUUAAAGAGCAAUAACAUUUUGCUCGAUGAGCAUCGUAUAGGGAAACUGAGUGACUAUGGACUUUCCAUUAUUACUGAAGAAAUCGAGAAACGUGAGGGGAGAGCUCAAGACCAUAAAUCACCUUUUGCUGAAAGCAAACCUCAGGCAUGGCAAAUGACGAAAUUGCAAGAUGAUGUUUAUAGCUUUGGUUUCAUACUACUUGAAACACUUGUUGGAGCUGUAAUUUCUGAAAGACGAGAAGCAUAUUGGCUCAAUGAAAUGGCUGCAUCACUCAGCGGCCAUGAUGGGCGAAAACGGGUCAUUGAUCCCAUUGUACUUGCCACUUCUGCCCGAGAAUCGUUAUCGAUAGUAAUCUCCAUAACCAAUAAAUGCAUUUCUCCUGAGUCAUCAACUCGCCCGUCAAUAGAAGACGUUCUAUGGAACUUGCAGUAUGCAGCCCAAGUGCAAGCGACUGCAGACAGUGAUCAGAGGUCGGAUGUUGCAUCGCAGGCUUAAAUAGAAUCAAAUGAAUGGAGGAGCAGCAUUUUGUUUGAUCAAUCUUUAGUCAUCUUCCCCUUUGAGGUUGCUGCAGAUAAGUAGAGAAUAUAAUCUAUGAAUGGUUGCAUCUUUUUGGGCAUCUUUCAAAACAGAAAUAUGCCUAUUGGCAUUUUUUUUUUUUUGAAGUCAAUUUUCUCUUUGGUGUUCAUUGGAAUUGUAAUAUAAUGUCAUUGUAUGAUUGUGUGUUUC